UAGACUGAAACAUGUGUCGUGUGAACAUAAAAAUUGCAGCGAUUUAUUGAAUGCAAAAACUUUUGCGCAGAUAUUUGCGAAUACAGACAGUUGUGUGUGAAAGGGCGUACAGCACAAUAAUUUUCGUGCAUGUGCGUGCCUUGAAGCGUUUUAUGUUGGUGCACGGCCGUGCAUGUCAGCAUCUUUGGUGGGACGUUCAAAUUUAAAUGACCGUAGUUGGUUUGUGUAUGUUUGGAUGUAACGUUUUGUUGAUAUCGGUGUCGUAGUAUAGAGACAAUCAUUUCACUUUUUUUUUAGAAAAUGAACGAGACGUACAUCGCAAGUAAUUCGACGCAGCAAGCAGCUUUAGAUGCAUACGUACAGAAGCUGAAAGAGCAAAUAGCACUACGUAAUGGAAAACCGAAGGAAUGGUGUCUUGAUGACUUCGAAAUAGGCUGUCCUCUAGGUGAAGGGAAGUUUGGACAUGUGUACAUGGCAAGAGAGAAGACAACAGGGACUAUAAUUGCACUGAAAGUAAUGAUGAAAUCAGAAAUUACUGGUGCCAGAGUAGAAAGACAAGUUCUCCGCGAGAUAGAGAUACAGACACAUCUGAGGCAUCCGCAUGUCCUACAACUCUACACGUACUUUUAUGAUGAGAAGAAGAUAUAUUUAAUUUUAGAGUUUGCUGCUAAAGGAGAAUUGUACAAAGUGCUUAAUGCAAGCCCAAAUGGUCGCUUUGCUGAACCUGUAGCAGCAAGAUACAUGUAUCAGGUUGCAAAUGCUUUGCAGUAUUGCCAUGAAAAUAAAGUGAUUCAUCGUGACAUAAAGCCUGAAAAUUUGCUCCUUACUUCUGAUGAUAAAAUAAAAAUGGCUGAUUUUGGUUGGUCUGUACACGCACCAAGCAAUCGGCGGAAGACAAUGUGCGGCACCUUGGACUAUCUUCCUCCAGAGAUGGUAGAAGGGAAGCCUUAUGAUCGUAAUGUAGAUAACUGGUGCAUAGGUGUCCUCUGUUAUGAAUUUCUUGUUGGGAAACCGCCUUUUGAAACAGAUUCUUCGAAAAAAACGUAUAGUCUGAUACGGGAAGUCAAAUACAAAAUACCAGACUAUGUAUCUGAUUUGGCAAAGGAUCUGAUAAGUAAGGUUGCUGAUGCUGAACAAGAGCUCUACACCGGCACCCAACGCCAGCCUCCGAGCAACACCGCCGCACAACGUCAAAGAUUCAGGACCUCACGGGACCGUACGGCCUUUGCAGCCGCACGCUGGUACCACCAGGGCACCCCAGGAGAAGCGGAUGGACGAUGCAACCUCGCCCGCGCCGUCCGCGCUCGGCGACCCGUUGGAUGUGGGCCCGUCGUCGCCGUCGCCGGCGUCGUCCCAGGACACCUCCUCAGGCCUGGACGUGUGCCCAGACAGCAAUUUUCUGGAGGAUGUUCCUGUUGCCUCGCAAGCCGCAUAGCGGGGUACGAACGGGAGUACGCUGUUCUCCACAGUCGCGGCUUCCAGCUCAUUUCUACGUCCAGCUUCCCGCCACCCCCUCCCACCCCAUUGUAGUUCGCAUCCUCCCUACACGACAACGGUGCGGCCUUUGGGUGGAGGGGUGGGGGUGGGGGAUGUGCUGGCCUAAGCUGUCGGCAGCACACCGGUCGGCAAAGACGAAGCGCGAAGAUCGAUUAGCAAUCGCUGGCUGGAUCAGGCGCGCCUAUCACGAGAGAGUACCAAUUUUGCGUCUGUCAGUUUACUCGCAAAGAAGCUUACUUCGUCACAGUUUACAACAGUGCAUAGCGAGCAGAUUGGUGACUAUAGUGAGACUAUUUUACCUCAACAAGAACUGUACUUUACAUCAGUCUGCAGGAGAACUAUUAUUGAUGAGCUUGUACCACAACACAUGGAUCCUAUUCAAAUUAAGUAAUGUUAUAGUUCAUAUCAACAAAGAACGGUACUAACCCAUGAGUGCAUUUGUGUUGUAGAAAGAAUACCCAUAACUACAUCCUCUCACUUGCUUCCUUGCAGUACAAGACUCUUAAUUGUGAACACAAAUGGAAGUGCCUGGAGAGAAGACCAUGUUCUUUUUGCGAGACACUGCUGAAGAAAUUUAGAGAAUAGGCAUUUAAAGCUGACUGCAGAAUGAUACUACUGUCACCAAUGUACAUUUCGCGUAUGGACCACAAAGACAAGAUAAGAAAAAUUUGGGCUCAUACGGAUAAAUACAGACAGCCAUUUUUACCUCGGUCUAUUUGCGACUGAAGCAGGAAAGGAAAUGACUAGUGAUGGAAAAAGGUACCCUGCACCGUACAGUGGCUUGCGGAAUAUGUGUGUAGAUGUAGAUGUCGUAACCUCUGUCUUAUUAUCGAUUCUGCUGCUGCUCAUUAAAUACUCUGUUAUGUGUUCAGGCACCAGUAUUUCUCUCGUCAUAUCCUGACUGCCCUGGAUCAUACUCCGACUCUUCGUUUCUGUGCUGCUCAUACAAGUUGUCCAGUUACGCUAAUGCUGGCCUUACUGUUUUCACAUCGCCCUUAUGAUUGCCAGCAACUUUUUCUGAACUUCAUUAGCAGUUUACAUAUGAUCAGAGAUAAUGUUGCCUCUGUUUUGACCAGUUUUACCCUUUCCAGCCCAAAUUUUAUUAAUUUGUAAAAAAAAAAAAUGUGUUUUCGCAUAUUCGCACACAAAAUGACUGGCUUAAUGUAUAUUUGUAAAAAUAUUUAAAUUUGUUUUGGUUUUUGGAGGGAAAUAUUGGAUGAAUCCAUAUGGUCUCAUUGGACAGGAUUUCUUUACUUUACUUAGGGCGUUGGUAUAUCACAGUGUCUGGUGAUGGAACCCGAAUAAAAACUUAAAUUAUACAAUUAGAA